UGUCUGCUGCCCUCUGCUGUUUUUAACCAGUACUGUGUCUUUGUCCAGCUUGUACGGAUUGCCAAAGUCCUGGGCACAGAGGACCUCUACGACUACAUCGACAAAUACAACAUCGAGCUCGACCCACGGUUCAAUGACAUUUUGGGAAGACAUUCCCGGAAAAGGUGGGAACGGUUUGUCCACAGUGAGAACCAGCACCUGGUCAGUACCGAAGCGUUGGACUUCCUGGACAAACUGUUGCGCUACGACCACCAAGCUCGCCUCACCGCCCGCGAGGCCAUGGAGCACCCUUAUUUCUAUCCCAUUGUGAAAGAACAGGCGAGGAUUGGCUCCACUUCAGGCCUGUCCGCUGGAUCCACUCCUGUCAGCACGUCCAGUAUGAUCACAGGAGGCGUCACAUCCAUGUCCUCGUCCCAGCCGAUGGCCAACAUCGCCGGCUCUCCGGUCAUCUCGUCUCCCAGUGCUCUCGCCACACAGGUUCCUGCGGCCGCCGGUGCGAUGCCCUGAACACACACACACACACUCGCUCUCUCUGCCCUGGGCCACAGUUUUAUGGUGAGUGUAAACAAACUAAAGAGAGACUAAACUAGGUUUCUUUUUUUUCUUUUCUUUUUUUUUCUUGUUUUUUUUCUUUUUCCAUACAAUAAUUAUAUAUUGAAGCUGGGACACACAGUUGUUAUGUUGCAUCGGUGUCCGGCAGUCUUUCCUGAUGAUGAUGAUGAUGGUGUCUAUAUAGAAGCCACUACAGUGUAGAAAUUCAGAAAAUGGAUAAUAACAUUUAUUUUAUAUGUCCCUA